AUGUUUAAAGGAAAAUCACAGCGGGAAUUGCUCCAGGUGGCCAGAACCAUCAUCCAGCCAUUGAAGCCAAAUUACCAUAAGGGCCAGGCAGGCAAGAUCGCCGUGUUUGGUGGUUGUGAGGACUACACGGGUGCACCUUUCUUUCUGGCCCAUUCGGCUGCUUUGGUGGGUGCUGACUUGAGCCAUGUUGUCUGUGAAAAGCAGGCUGCUCCGGUGAUCAAGGGCUAUUCGCCAGACUUGAUGAUCCACCCUUAUUUGUACGAUUUGGAGAAUGCAGACCUUCGCCAGUGGAUCUCGCCCGAGAUUAUCGACAAGCUCAAGAAGAAACCGCUAGAGGAGGUCCUCAAUGCCAAGGACGAGCUCGACAAGAUUGUGGAAUCGCAUGUCUUGCCCAAAAUCUCGGGGCUUAUGCUGAGAGUCGACAUGUUCGUGGUUGGUCCUGGUUUUGGCAGAGACCCGCUUAUGCUCAAGACCUUGAUCCGCGUCAUUGAAGAAAUUAAGGUCGUGAAUAAGCCCGUCAUUUUGGACGCCGAUCUGCUCUACUUGGUAUCGGUUCGCCCUAAUCUUGUAAAGGGCUACUCCAAGGCUGUUCUCACGCCCAACGUGGUGGAAUUCGGCCGCAUCUGCCAGGGUCUUGCAAUUGAUAACACAGACGAUGUUGAUUGUGCCAAGCGAGUCCUGAAGGCUUUGGGCCAUGUCACUUUGAUCAAAAAGGGUGCCCAGGAGGUGAUUGUUCGUAACGAGAGCCACAUAGUCAACGAGAUGCCGGGCUCCCUUAGGCGUGUCGGUGGCCAGGGAGACACUUUAACGGGUGCCUUGGCCACAUUGCUUACUUGGGCUGAGCACUACAAAUCUGGCUUUUGGGAUGGUUCAGGCAAGAUUGACGAGGACGAAGCUGUGUUGCUUGCCUGUUUCGCUGCUUGUUCUGUGGUCCGUGUGGCCAGCUCCAAGGCUUUCUAUAAGUACAAGAGAGCGAUGCAGGCCCUGAAUGUCCACGAGUACUUGGGGGAGGCAUUUGAAGAGUUGUUUGGAGCCUAG